CACGACAGCUUGCAGGCUGCUGCCUCACAGUAAACAAUGGACGAACAGAGUUGAUUUCCGAUACUGGGUCUCGCUAUUUUCCACCCGACUAAAUUUUUCUCUAUUCGCCAUUUGCCGCACUGCAAGAUAGAAACGUGGAGAACACACCAUGCUCCGUCUGAAUGGAAGGCGAACGGAUGCGAUGGAUACCGUUCAAGAGGGAAAGACGUAAUUUAUACUAUUCAACUAACGUUUGGACACUAUGUUGGAAUACGGACUUUCCGUUACACUGUAUCUACAGAUAUUUGCAUAUCAUAAAGUAUCCUGAGUGUUUAUAUAACAGCUGAGGAGCUAAGAACAAAAAAUAAUAAUAAUAUGUUUUUCCUAGGAAUGAAACCAUUGAUUUUUACUACUUUAAUUUUGGCUUGGUGCCAGCACGUGCUCGCUGAUAGGCGUCCUAGUAAAAGUGUGGUGACCACCAAAUAUGGUGAGUUACGUGGUACCAUUGUGACUUUUCCCAAUCGACGUCUUCAACCCGUCGAAGUAUUUUUGGGUAUUCCGUAUGCAAGUGCACCUGUAGGUUCCCUACGAUUCAUGCCACCUGUGACCCCAUCUCAUUGGAAGGGUGUGAGGAAUGCGGACCAAUUUGGUUCCGUCUGUCCUCAACGUCUUCCGGAUAUUGCCAAUGAGACAGAGGCUCUUCGCAGGAUGCCUUGGGGUCGACUUCAAUAUCUUCGACGUCUGCUCCCUUAUCUCGUCAAUCAGAGCGAAGAUUGUCUCCAUCUCAACAUCUAUACGCCCGCAUCUGACAGAGAAACAGCGAAGAGACCUGUUAUGGUAUACAUUCAUGGGGAAUCUUACGAAUGGAAUUCUGGCAAUCCUUACGAUGGUAGCGUACUAGCAAGUUUUAGUUCAGUCGUGGUAGUCACCAUCAAUUAUAGAUUAGGCAUAUUCGGUUUCUUGCCAACAGUAGAUGGUACAACAAGGGGUAAUUACGGUCUUUUGGAUCAAGUGGCGGCACUUCAUUGGAUUCAAGAAAAUAUUAUAAAUUUUGGCGGGGAUCCAGAAAAUGUAACGAUAUUUGGUCAUGGACACGGAGCUGCCUGUGUUAAUUUGCUAAUGAUAUCACCGAUGGUUAAAGGUUUAUUUCAGAAAGCCAUUAUGCAGAGUGGAUCAGCACUAAGCCCCUGGGCAAUAGCACGCCAGGCUAUUUACCACACCAGCAAAUUGGCAUCUACACUCAAUUGUCCAAUGGUUGACAAUGCCGCGUUGGUCGAAUGCAUGAGACAACACACAGUAGAAGACAUAUUAGCAGUAUCCAUAACUACCUCUGAUUACCUGUCAGCAUUCGGUCCGACAAUAGAUGGUAUACUUGUGCCAAAAGAACCCGAGGAACUGAUGUCUAACGACAAUACAAUCUUUCAGCAGUACUCGCUAAUGUUCGGCGUGACCAGGAUCGAAUCUUUUUUUCUCUUCACGGCCGAAGAGGAACGUUCCGGUCUGGAUGUGGAUCGACGUAACACGUUACUUCAAUCGCUAGUUAAAAACCUUUUUAUUUACCACUUACAAGAAAUCUUCUUGACGAUUGUCAACGAGUACACGGAUUGGAACAGGCCACCACAUCACGCUUUCAGCGUUUUAGAAGGAACUUCUAAAGCAUUAGGGGACGCUUUAAUCACUGCUCCUUUAAUAAAAGCAGGUAAUAUCCACUCGGCUCUUAACUCCAGAACCUAUUUCUACGUAUUUACUUAUCAAACAGAGAAUGGUGAUUAUUCUCAACGUCUUGGAGCCAUUCAUGGAGAAGAAUUACCCUACGUGUUCGGUGUACCGAUUGUCGGUACUCUAUCCCAUUUUAAAGCUAACUAUACACGAUCAGAAGUGCUAUUAGCCGAAACGACCAUGUUGCACUGGACAAAUUUUGCUAAAACUGGCGAUCCAAAUCCAUCCGACAUGGAAUCCGAAUUAACCAUCGAUAGGAGUAACAAAAGAAGAGUUGAAAGAUUUUUAUGGCACGAGUACGAAAUAAUUAACCAAAGGUAUUUAGAAUUAGGUAUGAAACUAAAGAUUCGAGAUCAUUAUCACGCUCAUCGACUUUCAUUUUGGCUGCAUCUUAUUCCCGGUCUUCAUCGUCCUGGAGAAGGUUCAGUUCCUCCACAUCAUCAUCAUUUGGCGGAGACAGAAGUCGUGGAUUCGUCUACAAUCAUAACUGAGACUACUACUUCUACAGGGUCUAGUUUGACUGAUUCUACUCUAGAAACUUCUACUAUUGGUUUAAAUUUCACUCAACUUCCUGAAAUUUCUGAUACCACUAUAAAAAUGGAAGAACUGACCAACACUUCAGUGCCGAUGGCAUUACCUUCUAGUGGUUAUUCGACAGCACUGAGUGUCACAAUUGCAGUCGGUUGUUCUUUACUUAUUCUGAAUGUUCUCAUCUUUUCUGGAAUCUACUACCAAAGGGAUAAGAAGUCUUCCUUGAAGAAACGUAACUGUAUGGUAAGGUGUAUAAGUAAAGACGAAGCUACAUCUGUCUUUCACAUCAAACAAUAUCCCUUGAAGGCACCACCCCCAUCACCCGCAGGGACUGUUCAACCGAGUGACAAUAUGUUUUCCAACAGGCAACAAAUCCCAGAUAUGUGUAAAGUGCCCACAACAGUGCAUUUACCUCCAAUGCAACAUACAAAGUAAUUUUUUUGUGUGUGUGUGCCCCAAAUCUACUGUACAAAUUGGCAAUGUACUGGGAGUGUGAUUAGACUCCGACCGACGUAUAAUUUUUUUUUUAACUGUCUCAGCUUUAAUGAAAUUACGUGACACGAAAUCACAAAACUCUAUAAAUAUAUAUAUACAGUAUAUUCCGAUUUUUUUUUUUUUUUUUGAAAUAUCUACCGGGUCUUCCGUAAUUCGUGGAAAGAAUUGAACCGAAAAAAAAAGUGAAAUUUCUUGUUUAGAAACAUUUUAAUAAAAUAAAAAUUCCCAUUAAUGUGUUUAUUAUUUUAUUUUAUUUAGUAUAUUAUUUUUGUUUGUGUUUGUUUACAGUACGUGUGUACUUGAUGGACGUUACCAUAAAAUAUUUCUGCACACAAAGCAUGCUAUGCAUUAAGAUAUAACUUUGAAGAAUCAUUACUAUAAUAUAAUACUUUUAUAUUCAAAGAAAAAAAGGGGGAAGAAAAUACAUGUUUCAUACAAAUAAAAAGAAAGGAAUAAGUUUCAGAGGAACACGAAUUCUUAAAAGCUGGAAUGCAUUAAACUACUCGAAUAUGUGCUGCCAUCUGACGAGUUUUACGGAAAAUAAACCGCAAAAAUCGAUUCAGAGGAUCAUGUGACUGGGAGCUAUUCUGUAGAAAACAAGAUUUGAAGAAAGAUUCGACCACUGAAUGCUUUCUGUUGCCUCGCAGGAGGUGGAAAAGGCUUCUCAUCCAGGAAAUGCU